GGUUCUUCGAAGCAGCCUGCCCUGCCUCCCUGCAGGAGGAUCCCCCCAUCCUGCGGCAGUUCCCCCCAGACUUCAGGGACCAGGAAGCUAUGCAGAUGGUGCCUAAAUUCUGCUUCCCUUUUGAUGUGGAAAGGGAGCCCCCAAGUCUCGCUGUACAGCACUUCACCUUCGCCCUCACGGACCUGACUGGCACCCGCAGAUUUGGCUUCUGCCGUCUGCGGGCUGGUGCCCACAGUUGUCUCUGCAUCCUCAGCCACCUGCCUUGGUUUGAGGUGUUCUACAAGUUGCUGAACACAGUGGGGGACCUCCUGGCCCAGGACCAAGUCUCGGAGGCCGAGCAACUUCUUCUAAAUCUGCAGAAGCAGCCGCUGCCCGGGGCCCAGGCCUCAGUGGGGCUGGAGCUGGGAGGCGAAGUGACGAUCUCCGGCGCGCACGGCAUCCCGCCCCCUCCUGCCCCGGGGAACACCAAGCCGCUUUCCUGCUUCGUGGUCCCCGACUCCGGCCGCCUGCCCUCCAUUCCUGAGAACAGGAACCUGACGGAGCUGGUGGUGGCGGUGACCGACGAGAACAUCGUGGGGCUGUUCGCCGCGCUCCUGGCCGAGCGCAGGGUCCUGCUCACCUCCAGCAAACUGAGCACCUUGACCUCGUGCGUCCACGCGUCCUGCGCCCUCCUGUACCCCAUGCACUGGGAGCACGUACUGAUCCCCACGCUGCCGCCUCACUUGCUGGACUACUGCUGCGCGCCCAUGCCCUACCUCAUUGGAGUGCACGCCAGUCUCGCCGAGAGAGUGCGGGAGAAAGCCCUAGAGGACGUCGUGAUGAUGAACGUGGACUCCAACACCUUGGAGACGCCCUUCGACGACGUGCAGGCGCUGCCCCCAGACGUGGUGUCGCUGCUGAGGCUGCGGCUCAGGAAGGUCGCCCUGGCCCCCGGGGAAGGGGUGUCCCGUCUCUUCCUCAAAGCCCAGGCCCUGCUCUUCGGGGGGUACCGCGAUGCGCUCGUCUACAGCCCGGGCCAGCCUGUGACCUUCAGCGAAGAAGUCUUCUUGGCCCAGAAGCCCGGGGCGCCCCUGCAGGCCUUCCACCGGCGGGCUGUGCACCUGCAGCUGUUCAAACAGUUCAUUGAAGGCCGGCUGGAGAAACUCAACACAGGAGAGGUCUUCUCGGACCUCUUUGAGCAGGAGAUCACCUCCAGCGAGGCCUCCUCAGGCACCCUUCGCUCCUACCAGCUCUGGGCAGACAACUUAAAGAAAGGUGGUGGUGCCCUCCUGCAUUCGGUCAAGGCUAAGACCCAACCAGCCGUCAGAAACAUGUACCGCUCGGCCAAGAGUGGUUUGAAGGGCAUGCAGAGUCUUCUGAUGUACAAGGAUGGAGACUCUGCCCUGCAGAGGGGGGGCUCCCUGAGGAUCCCAGCCCUCACCAGCCGGUCAGAUCGCCUGCAACAGCGUCUGCCCAUCACCCAGCACUUUGGACAAAACCGGCCCCUUCGCCCCAGCAGGAGAAUCCGGCUGGAAGAGAGACCUUCUGAAUCCUUGGGAGAGAAGACACCCCCUCUGAGCCCUGAGGAUGCCCCGGACCCGUGGGCAGAGGAAACUCUGGACAGCAGCUUCCUGGGGUCCGGAGAAGAAUUGGAUUUGCUGAGCGAGAUUCUGGACAGUCUGAGCAUGGGAGCCGCCAGGACGGGCAGCCUGCGGCCCAGCCAGAGCUUAGACUGCUGCCACAGAGGGGCCCUGGACAGCUGCCUCAGCCUGCCUGACAUACCAGAAGGACCAAGAUGGCAAUCCGAUGAUGAGAAACCACCAGAGCCAGAGCCCCAGCCCCUGUCCCUGCCUAUCAGACUACCAUCACUGCAAACCCUCCAACCUUCAGACACCACAAGUUCCUCGGAGAACCCUACUUCCCAGCCGCCCUCGGAGGGCAGCCAAGAAAUCAUUUCUCCAGGUUCAACAGCUUCUCCAGACCCAAGCAGCCAAGGGGACCCUGAAUCCUCUCUCACAGAGCCCCAUCCUCUAAUCCUAGAUCUCUCUCCUUCCCACAAGGCAGCUGAGGAUCCCAUAGCCCAGGAGAGCCCCUGCUCCCAGCUCUCCACAGCACCCCCCCAGCCCAGCCCUCCAGAAAGCCCCCAACUUCUAGUCCCCACAAAGCCCAACUUGGAUGUUACCUGGACAUCCCAACCCCUUCAUUCUUCCUCGGAUCCAGGCUCCCUAGAGAACCCCAGAGCCCAGUCUUCCAAGGUCCUGCUAGCAGAGCAUGGUCACCUCCAGCCUCCCAAGGAGCUGGAAGCCCCCACACCCUCUGCUGCACCCAUUAGCAGCAGUCAGGAGCCCCAGGCCAGAAGCCGGCCCAGAGUCGCUGAGCUGAAAAAGUGCUUUGAAGGUUAAAGAUCAAGGGUCUGGAGGAGACUCCAGUCCCUCAAUAAAAAAGCAAGAGCCUAAAGCUUGUUUUUUCUAGUGAGUUUAUCUGGGGGCCCUCUCUUUGCU